GGGUUGAUAUGGAUACUGAAGAUGAUGAUAAUCCACCUGGACUGCUGGAAAGAAAUACUGAGAAGGCCAUACCUGAACUCUUGGAGGAUAAUCUGCCUCAGGUUCCUCCAAAAGAUGGGAAGAGAUGGGAUGCUGAAGAGGACCAUUCUGCACAAGGAGUGAAAGAAUUAGGUAAAAGUAAAUGGUCAGAUGAUUUAGAUGAAGAUGAUACAGAAGGGUAUGAAAGAAUGAAGGGCAAUUUAAAUGCUCUUUCUGGGUUAAUUCAAGCAGAUGGAAAGCAAGGAAAAUCCGUGCGUUGGGCGACCAGGUUACCAUUAUGUUUAGUGCUUUUGUUGUGUGGUGUUAAUGCUGUGCAAUUUCUGUUUUAGGGACCUUAUUAGAUGCCAAUGACAAUAAUUGGACUAUAUUUGUGAGUCAAAGAAAGAUUACAAACUCUAUUAAAUGUGAUGAUAUUAUCGAGCAUCUACAAGCAAGUUUUAAAAGGCAUUUUCAAGCAUGUGAUGCAUAAAACAAGAUUAUGCACUGGACCGUUUGAAUGGAAGUAAGAAAGUAUUGGCAUACUAGAUCCUAAACUGUAUUUAAAAUCUGGAUCUUCUAUAUUUCCUCAAGGAUGCUCAGGAUUCAAGCUGUUGUUUCUUCAGGCAUUUCUGUAUUAUGGAUUUAGAACAUUUUUCUCUGCCCUAGGAGGCUGUGUCACAUUUUCCAUUUUCCCUCCUUUUCUUGUUUCUUUGUCCCAACCUUUUCCCAUAACCAGUCGUAUCAUUGUAUUGCAGCAUUAUAAUGUUAGUGAACAUUCUUUUUUUUUUAAUAAAACUCCUUUCCUUCUUACAACUAUUUUGCUUGUCCAGGUUGGCAAUACUGGUUUUUCUAUAGGUGCAGCAAAGGCAAAUGUGCGGUCUUUAGUGAUUGGACCAGGUGCUGGAUACAAUUUGAAGUCCAACCCAUUACCCAAGGAUGGAAGCCUAACAUCAACCCAUAGUAUGGGCGAGUCGAGGAGACAGAGCACUUUCCAAGAACGACUCCGAGCAGAACACGAGUCCUUUAAAGCUGUUUUUGAUAAGAGGAGAAGACGGAUAGGGGGACUUGAUUUAGAGGAGGAAUAAUAAUAUAUGUUGUGAUUCUAUGCUCAAGCAGUUUUUGAUGUACUUAAUUUUUUGUAUUCUUUGCAGGUUCCUUGCUGUUGUCUGUAAUUAUUGGGUUGAGGAAAAAAAAUAGUGGUCAUUUCCUGCAUGUGUAAUUUAAACAAAAAACAAAACUAUUCAAUUGGUAGAAAUAAAAUAUUUUAUCUACCACCA